AUGGGCCCCUGUACCGCCUCCUCAUGCUGCUGCCAGGCCCAUAAUCUGCCAUGGGCCCCCGUACCGACUCCUCAUGCUGCUGCCAGGCCCGUAAUCUGUCAUGGGCCCCUGUACCGCCUCCUCAUGCUGCUGCCAGGUCCAGAGUGUGUCAUGGGUCCCUGUACCGCCUCCCAUUGCUGCUGUCUCCAUCGCCACACUCUGCCAUGUGCCACUUUCAGGUCUCCUCACACUGCUGGUGGGUUCCAUUUUGUCAUAGGGUGCUGUAUGGCCUCCCAUUGCUGCUGCCUCCACCGCCACACUGUGGCUCCACACUCUGGUUUUGGCCCCGUGACUGCCCAAAUGAGUGAAGUGUGCGGUGAUUCUAAGAUCGACGGCACUCAUCUGCAUGUCAUACUGACUGACAGUAUUAUUUCUCUUCCCCAGCAGACUCCAAGGGCAUUUAAAUUAAAGGUACAGUGUUCUGCACUAAUAUAA